CCCUGUCCCCUGGUCCCUGUCCAUCCAGCCUCCUGUCCCCCUGGUCCCUGUCCCCUGGUCCCUGUCCAUCCAGCCUCCUGUCCCCCUGGUCCCCAACCCUCCAGCCUCCUGUCCCUCCAACCGCCUGUCCCCUGGUCCCUGUCCCCGUGGCUCCUGGUCCUGGCUCUGAUGGCGCGGCACAGUAAGCUGCAGAAGCAGGUCCUGGCUCUGUACCGACAGUUCCUGCGUGCCGGGCAGGACAAACCGGGCUUCAUCCCCAGAAUCCGUGACGAGUUCCGGGAGAACGCCCGCAUCAAGAAGACGGACGUGAUGCACAUAGAGUACCUGUACCGGAGGGGACAGAGACAGCUGGAGCAGCUGAGGGACGUCAACACCAAACAGCUGGGCUCCUUCUCCAAACCUGCAGAGAAGAGCUGACCUCUGACCUUCACCUCGUGACCUCUGACCGUCACCUCGUGACCUCUGACCUUCACCUCCCGACCUCUGACCGUCACCUCGUGACCUCUGACCUUCACCUCCCGACCUCUGACCGUCACCUCGUGACCUCUGACCUUCACCUCGUGACCUCUGACCUUCACCACGCCACGGACCGAUAGAUACUUCCAGACACUCUGUGACCCACAAACUGUCCUAAUUAGAUGCUGCGUUCAGGUCCAGCUGGGAAAUCAGAACUCACUGUUUAUUUUCUGUACAAAAACUUGAAUAAAAUAUAUGAACAUGACUGAUGUUUUUU